GGAUUUCAAUGCGGCGUCUACGUAAGAUUGAUAUCGAUCCUCAUUGACCUUCUUGAGUUUGCCAAGAAGCUGAACAUCUUCUGAAAGACUUUCCACGGCUCUUUGGCAUAUUCAUCAGCUUUUAGCUCAUUUACGGGACUUUAUAGCUUGGUCACAGACGAAUUGCUGGCCUCUGGCCAGCAGGACUGCUUAUGUCGCACGCGGUCACUGGAGUUGUAAAGCGUUGUCAGGCACUUCCGGUGCGGGACGUCCACGCAGCUAGGUCGUGUCUUGCACGGGUUUCAGCUCCACGCCUUGACCAGCUAGAACCCAGUCAACCAGAUGAGCUUCCAGCGACGCGUGCUCGCUACACUGCUGGUGCUUUCGCGCCGCCAGCUACGCAAGUCGCUUUGAGGGAUAAGUCGCGCGCUCCCUCCUCAGGGCCUCGCCCAGUCCAGCAUGCCACACAAUUGCCUGCGGGCGAUGGACCGCUACAACGGAACACUCCUCUUACGGAUGAACAGUUAGAGGAAUUCAGUUCGUCGGUACUGACAAGCAGCUCCAGCAUUUGGAACGCUGAAACGCGCAACGUUCCUGCAUCUACGAGCGAUAACAAUAAUACCUCUGCAGAUGAGGUGCUUUCAGCCUUAAAGGGCAAGGCCACGGCCUCAGUGGUAGCAGCGUUGAAAUCGCUGACGAAGCAAGGCGAAUAUGAUACGGUUGUGCGAGUCCUGCAGGGAUGCAGCAAGUCGACUGUUGAAGCGGUGUUUAGAAGAUGGCAUUAUGACUCUUUUAUCACGGAGGUUGCGCUGAGCCUAAGGGUCAAACCAGCAGUGCAGUUGCUUAAGCUGGCGCUGCCACACGCGAAGAGACCGGCAAAGCUCGUUACCAGCGUCUUGCAGGCAUGCGCGAAAUGCAGGGACCUCGAUGCCGGACUCACCGUCGUCGAUCUGGCGCGCAGAAGCGGCUGCACUGUUGACGUGCAAAUGCUCACAACGUUGAUGAAGGUCUGCAAGUCCGUGGGCAAUGUGGACAAAGCCUACCGCAUCUUCCUGGAACUGCGUUCCGCGCGCUACACCAUCGACUCCCACGUGUACGGCACGCUCAUCGCAACCUGCGCGGAGGCCAUGAAACGAGAUCUAACCGUCGUACACGAACGCAAGGACCAGUACGUGCUGCUGGAGCGCGCCUUUCAGUACGUCGCAGAUGCGGAGGCGGCGGGGGUGGCGCUGCAGGCGCCGGUGUGGAACGCGUUGAUGGUGUGCGCGGGUCGCAGCGGCGAGUUGAACCGCGCGUUUGAGGUGCUGGGCAUGAUGCAGCAGCGCGGGGUGCAGGCGGGCGCGCCGACCUAUGGGUCGCUCAUUGAGGCGUGUGUGUGCGCGCGGCAGCCGGAGAAGGCGCUGCGGGUGUACGAGGUGGCCAUGCAACGGGGUUUCACCACCGAGGUCAAGAUCUACACGCAGGCGCUGUCCGCCUGCAUGCUGCCCAUCCCGCAUGCCUGGGAGCGAGCGCUGGACAUCUACUCCGCGCUACAGCGCUGUGCCGUACGCCCCGACAAGAAGUUCUUCGCCUGCCUGAUGGCGGUCGCGGGCCGCUGCGGGCGCCUGGAUACUGCCUUCGAGGUGCUGAGCGAGAUGGCGGCGGAGGGCAUCCGCCCCUCCGGCACCUCCGUGUCGGCCAUCAUGCACGCCUGCCUGAACCGCGGAAACGUGGGGCUGGCGAGGCGGGUGUACGACCUGUGUGCGCGGCAGGGGGUGUUCCCGGUGCAGUCGCAGUUCAACCGGCUGAUGGAUGUGUAUGCCAUGGAGUUCAGGUUCGGCGAGGUGGUCAGCCUGCUGAGCGACAUGGUUGCAGCCGGCCGGCGCCCCAACCUCAACACCUACCGCAUCCUCAUCAACGCAUGCGCCCUAACCGACCAGGCGGGGCUGGCCUUCCAGGUGUUUGCGCUGCUGCAUGCAAACAAGAUCCAGAUCCUGCAACUCAAAUUCGCGCAAACCAUCUACUACAUGCUCAUCAAGGCCUGCUACAACCAAAUCCGCUACCUGUGGACGCCGGGGGGCUACCCGCCGCAUCUGGCGGCAGCGCAUGCGGCGGGGGUUGCGGCGGCUGCGGCUGUUGCGGAUGCUCAACCGACCCAUGCGAGUGAGGCGGGUCAGGCAGGCGAGGCGGGGCAAGCAGCUGAGGCGAGUGAUGGCGCCAACACGACCACUGGGUCCUCCUCCUCGACUCAACAACCUCAGCAACAGUCCCACUCGCAGCAGCAACAGAACCAGGAACAGCCCAAUUCACCACAGCCCGGAAGCAGCCAGCACGCGCACAACGCUGCUCCCCACAACCACCAGCACCACCAGCACCAGCACCAUCAACCGCUUGGCUUGGCCAUGCCGGCGGACCGCCGGCAGGAGGCGCAACGCGUGCUGGAGGUGCUGGGAGGGCACAAGCUGCGACGGGGCGGAGGCGGCGGCAGCAGCGGAGGUGGGGGUCUGGGAGGCGGCAGCAGCAGCAGCGGGUCGGGCUCCUCCACUUCCUCUUCCUCCUCUUCGCAUCGCUCGAGUCCCUUCGACGGGCGGCCGGAUGAGGUGGACUGGUCCAGCCAUGCGCUGUCCGCCUUCCACCACAUGAUGAGCCGCGGCUUCCGACCCACCCUGGAGCUGCUAGACAUCCUUCUCAACUGCAUGCGUGCCAAGAUGCUCCCUCCGGAGGAUCCCAACCCUGGGUUAGCAGCAGCUGCGGCGGCUGGUGUGCCCGGCGGGCUGGGGGCAGCGCAGGGUGCGGCGGCGGCAGCGGCAGCGGCAGCAGCUGCCUCGCACCUCUCGCCGUUCAUCGCGCUGCGGUCCCGCAUGGACGUGUUCGAGGUGGCGUUUGAACCCAGGGCUUUCGUGGUGCUGGAGGAGGCGAUCAGUCGCGGGCUGCUGCCGUCUUACGACCCGGACAAACCGCUUGUCAUGGACAUGCGUCGCAUGCCGCCGGUGGUGGCUGAGGUGUAUGUCCUGCACAUGCUCUUCAACUUGGAACGACGCGCGGCGAGAAGGUGGGCUGAGGCGGAGGCGGCGGCGGAGAGCGCGGCUAGCGCCGCUGGCGGAGGUGGCGGCGGAGCCGGCGGGUCAUCUGCUGUUGCUGCGGCGGCGGCGGCGGCAAGGAGGGCGUCGUACUACCAUCCGAUUACGUUGCUGGUUCCGCCGUUUGACCCGGAUCUGGUGAAGUGGCCGUCGUACGUGGAGAGGGUGGUCAACCGCUACACGGCCUCGAUGCCUCCUGACGCGGCAGCCAAGCUGCGUCGACGCAACGAUCGUCGCCGAGCCCGAGCCCGCCGUCUCCGUACGGAAACCUCCACCGCCUCCGCCGCCUCCGCCGCCACCGCCACGGCCCCUGCACACGCCGACGGUACGAAUGUGGAGGGCAUGUACGGCCGUCCGGGGGCGUCUGCCGUACGCAGUUAUUACGAUGAAGAGCUGGAGGCGGCGUUGAGCGGUGACGAGGACGAGGACGAAGCGGCUAGGGACCCUUGGCGGUAUGAGGAUGAGGAGGGCUGGGAGGGCUCGGAGGACGAGGAGGCGAGCGAGCGGGGCAGUGACGCUAGCGGCGGCGGCGGAUACAAGGCUGAUACAACGACAGGCCUGGCGGUGGCAGCGACGUUGCAGCGAAUGAAGGUAUGGAUGGACAUGGAUUACGUCGGCGGCUCUAUCACGGUGGUGCCGGUGGAGGUGGCGCGCUGGCUGAAGCGGCGGCGUCAAGCGGCGGAGGCGGCGGCGACAGUGGCGGAGGCGGCGGCGAGGCGCGGUGGUGACGGAAGACGCUCCGCUGCCGCAGCCUCCACUGACACGCGACCCAUGGGACCGCCGCACCACCAUGCCGUCGGUGGCGCCAUGGCGAUGGGCAUGGCGGGCAUGGUUGGAGCGCGGCUGAUGGGACGCGGCGGACCCAUGGGUCGGCCUGGUGUCGCGCCGGUUGAGCAGCAGGCGAGGAACAUCCGCCUGGGCUUGAUGGGCCCUGCGGCCCCGGCUGGCAGCAUGGGUGGCGGCGGCGGCUUCGGUCCGCCGGGCUCGGUCCCGCCACAUCAACAUUCGCCGCACAGCCGCCAGCCUUUCCCACAGCAGCAACACCAAUCCCAGCACGCGCAGCAUGCGCAGCAGCAGCACGGUAGGGGCAACGGUGUUGGUGCGGCAGGCGGCAGCACGGGUGGUGAAGGCAGCAGCAGCGGCAGCAGCGGCAGCCAUGACAGCGGUGCCGUCAGCCGUACGGUCCGUCCGGCGGGACGUCACACGGCUUCUCCUCCUGCCCCCCUGCACCCCAGCUCCUUAGGCGGAGAUCCGCAGCGACCGGGCUCCGCGCCGAGCACUGCUGGGUCCAGAGAGGUGCGUGAGGCCAGCAGCAGGGCAGCCACAACCGGGCAAGCAGCAGCAGCAGCAGCCGACGGCGAGGACGGCACCCCACAUGCGCCGCCGACACCGCCGCCAAGCCGACCUGCGGUGCAGCGCCAGCGAAGGAGCUCCUCUUCCUCCUCCGCUUCGUCCCCGAUGUCAGCCGCUAGGUCACCAUUUGCCAACAACGUCACUCCGCCUUCCGGUCCUGUUGCGUCCCGUCACCAGCACCCGCCCGCUCAGCAGCGGUAUCCCUCGGCUCUGCAUGAGCCCAGCAGCGGAAGCAGCAACGGCGGCAGCAUGGACGACUCCGAAUCCUCGCGCGUUCCAACUCGGCACCGCUCUUCCUCAACGUCUUCUCCGCCCGGGCCAUCGCCACAGCGGCUGCAGCUGGCCGCACGUCCCCGGCCCCGCCCUAGCAUUCCGCCGCAGGCAACGCAGCCCCAUGCGCAAGCAGCCGAGCUUUCAAUAGCGCCCGGGUUGCCGGUUCAGCUUCCGCCGCUGGGCUCUGGGGAAGCCCUCGCCGCUGUUUCUGGAGAAGGCGGAGAUGCUGAUGCGGGGGCGGCAGAGGCAGCAGCAGGAGCAGCUGCGGUACAGGCAGUGUCUUCGGUGGCGAAUGCUUAGAGUUUGAGGAGUAUGGGGCAGACAGCCCUCACCCUUGGAGUCGCUGCAGAGCUGGUUAGGACUGGAGGGUUCUGGAGGGUUGCUGGAAGGUCCAUACAUCGCAACCCUCGAUGAGUUGUGGCGUGUUGGCCGCGAGUUUGCCUUUUUUGAGUUGGCUUGAUCGGUUUUCCGUUGGCAUGGCCUUGCAACGGCGGGUUUAGCAUGUGCAAAGGUCAAUGGGCGAUCCAGGGUGCGGCGGUCGGGCUUUCUGUGUUUGCUAAACAGAAAAAAGCUAGGAGGCAGUUAUGGUGGAGCGAUAACCCUGCUGGCAGCAUCACCCAGCAGCCUAAGCGAGCGUGAUAAUAAGGGGUUGAGGAGUUGAGCCCUUGGUUACGUCUCGAGAGGCGUCCUGGCAGGUCAGCGGAUGAACGGCAUGGCGUGGAUGCCGAGCGAAGCUGAGUCUCAACCUCCAAAGCAACGGCGGGUGCAGCACGGGGGGAUGCAGGGCUGCGUGUGCUUUCCGUUUUCAGGGGAUGUGUGGAUCCUGGUAGCUGUCUGCCGAGCACAGUGCAGACUGCCAUGUACGCGGCGUUGGUGUGUCCCAAGGAUGGGAGGCUUGGGUCUUGCCGGUACCGUCACCUUCGCGCUUUGGAAAAGGCGGGCUCGUUUGGACCGCAGCCUGGUUGACUCGUACAUCACGUAUGUAGUAAUGGCACCGCCGGCCGUGUUGUUACCUCUUCUCUCUACUUUCGGCCGGUGUUGUCUCUGUGUUGUGUCCGUGUCAAUGCGUCGGAAGUGCGUCGUAUAAGCUUCUUAGGAGCGACGGUUGUGUACGGUUGGAAGUUGGAGGUUGGGGGUUGUGGUUGAACAGCAAUUGCUCGGAUUUGUUGUCCGGAGGCGGGAACCUCGGGUGUCCCAUCCUCUUGCGCCGCGCCGCCAUCAUUGCUGUGGCAGCGGCGUCUUUCGCUCGAGCAUGACUGGCUGGCAUGGGUAUAUGCUUGCGAAGCCUGGAGGUUCGCGAGAUGUGCGUAGAAUAAGUCUGCUUGCAUGGCUCGGCCUGCUUAUUUAGCCAAAUUCCUUCCUCGAGGAACAUUGGUGGCGUUUUACAAUGGCCGCUAAUGCUCACGAUGAGUUUACGAAUAACGCAUUCGUCGAUAGCGGAUCCCAGCCAACGUGCUUUGGGUUGCUAUUGUUUGCUGUUUCGCAGCUGCGUUAUUCCUUAUUAUAUGCUUUUUUGAGGAGACUUUUACGACAAGUAACGGCUAUCCGGCCCGCAUGCGUUCUUGGGGCGUUAUGCGAGGCCGUGCUUUGGCUGAGAAGACACUGGUUCCCGGGCAAAGAUGCAUGGGCCGUAACUGCGGAGUCUCUGGCCUCUACAACAGAGACUCUAGUGGCCUUUGAAGGUAAACCGUUCAGGAGAGAGGAGGAAUGUGGCAAUGUGGGCAGGAGUGCUGGAGUGGUCGUUGCAAAGGUUGGGUGUAUCCAGCGACCCAUGGGACGUGCGGGCUUUGGUGUUCAUUGGUCUCAACCUUGGUUUCCGGUAGGCGGUGCCCAGGCGCCGCUUCUGUGGAUAGCAUGUAGCUUUGCAGGGCGUUUUCCGAUACAAAGCGUACAUAGGUACGUGAGCUAUAAGGGUUUGCGUUGCUUAUUAGAUCUUGACCCAGUUAGAUCCUCGAAGCCUGGUAUUUUUUUGGUCGGUUUGCACCGGUUAGUCCCGGGAACAGUUUUGUACCGAGCGCGAAGAGUUGAGCUGUCAGGCGCCCUUGUACCUGAAAUGGUUCGUGCUUCACUAAGGCGACUUGGCAGGAAGAGGCAUGGUAAAAUAGCGGAGGGAGAGCAGCAAAGCAUAGGAGUUAAGUGGACGGUGCCUUCAGCUUGCGUGUCAAUUGCGCGCUUCAUUUAGAUUAAUCGCGUGGCAAGGGUGGGAACUUCGGAUGUGUCAUAACUUCGGGGCUCAGGGUGUUCCGGUGUUCAGCGGACUUCAGCGCCAUACGCAGAGGCGAAGUGGCCACCCUUGUAUGUAAGCAACACACACGGCAC